GACUUCGAAGGAUUCAGUUUAGGUAGACCGCCUCGUUGAAGGACUCAGCCCAUGAAUUCGAACAGGGCCUUGGUCUAGAACCGCCGCUGUCGUCCAGUCACCUGUCCGUCCGUUAGGGGGAGCAGAGCUUCCAGAUUAGCACAGAGCUGUUCAACGCAUUUUCCAGAUUCUAGAAGGGCAGGGUGGUUAGCCCCCGCAAGAGGAGAGCUUCUUCUCACACUACUUGUUGUUUUAUUAGAAGAGAUUUAAGAUCGAACUGUAUGGUUAGUUGGUUUUACCGCACGCGAAACAUUGUUUGCAUCCCAGAAACACAGGAGGGAAAAUGACAGAUCCUGUUGUAGCAGACACUCGCCGGUUGAAUUCCAAACCCCAGGACCUGACGGAUGCUUACGGCCCCCCGAGCAAUUUUCUGGAAAUAGACGUUUACGAUCCACAGAUCGUCGGAGUCGGCCGGAAUCGUUACACCACUUACGAAGUUCGCAUGAGGACAAACCUUCCUAUUUUCAAAUUGAAGGACUCAUGUGUGAGGAGAAGAUACAGUGACUUUGAGUGGUUAAAGAAUGAGCUGGAAAGAGACAGUAAGAUUGUAGUACCACCUUUGCCGGGCAAAGCCCUGAAGAGACAGUUGCCAUUCCGUGGAGAUGAGGGCCUUUUUGAAGAGUCCUUCAUUGAGGAGCGGCGGGUGGGCCUAGAGCAGUUCAUCAACAGAAUUGCAGGUCACCCCUUGGCCCAGAACGAGCGCUGUCUUCACAUGUUUCUGCAAGAGGAAACCAUUGACCGUAACUACAUUCCUGGAAAAGUAUGAAUGAAUCAACAGAGACACCUGCGCCUGCUCUAUGUAUAUUAAUUUCUACUUCACGUUAUUACAAAGCCGAUGGGAAUGCGAGAAGUCUCCGGAUAUGUGAGAGGAACACAGCUCCUGGACGUAAAACCUAAAAUCAAAUGUAUGAACAAGUUCAUGUGUCUUUAUUCGGCCAUUCCACAUACUGUAUGUACAUUAUUUUUGAGCCGGUUAAGAAAACAAAAUGGUAUAUAUCUAUAUAUAUAUACUUUAAUAAUUUCAUUUGAUUGGUUUUUGUUUUGUUUUUGUUUUUCUUAAUGAUCAAUUUGCUUCCUGAAUAGUUUUUCAUUGAUUUGAUACAAAACUGUCAUCAACUGCUUUCAUUGGUGUUUCUAGCCUACUUUUUCAUAAUAGCGUCCCCAAAGUUUUGCAAACAUGUAGCAUCCUGAUAAAGACAGCAUCAUGUCAUUCCGGGCAGUAUAUUGUCCCCUCGGAUAAUUUUUUUCUGCAACGCUACUAAACAUGUUCGACUGUGUUAACCUUGAUUGAUAGUUCCUGAAUGAGCAUGACUGCAUCUCAGCUGUAUGUGGUCAGGUCAGCUAGUAAUAAACGUAAUUAAGGUAAACACCAGUUAUCUAAUCACUGUGACAAGCGGUUCAUUACAGGACCAAUACUUCUUUGCUAAGAUGCAGAUUCAGCAUUUGGUUGAAGGUUUCCACGCGUAUAUGAGGUCUCAUUUGGUCUUACUCUCUGCUGGUUAAAUUUCUUCAUUAUUGUGAAGUGUAUUAUUACUACAUGCUGUCAUUGCGGAUCCACUUUGGGUUGGUGAGGAGCAAUCUUGUCUUUUUUUUUUUCACCAAUAAAUUUCCUGCUGCCUGC